GGCAGCCAGCCGCCCGCCGCUCCACUAACUUGCCACUUGGUCGCGUCUGGUGUCUGCGUUCUCGGGUGGUGGUGGUGGGGGGCGGGGACAGUGGGGAGUCCGAGUAUCUGCGGUAGCCAAAAAGAGGGAUCCUGCAAAAGGGGGGAGCCUGCUUGCCUCUGCUGCUGCUCUCCAUCCCCUCCCUGGCGCUCCCCUCCCCCCACCCCAUCGCUGCCGCCGCUCUUCUCUUCCGCCAAUUUCAAGAGCGACGGGGCGUCUGUGACAUGAGAUCGCUUGCCAAGUGACGGUCCCCGUGUGAAGUGCCGGCGAGGAAGUGUGGGCUCCAACGCGGGCGGCCAGGGGAUGACAGCCAUGAAGCAGGAGCAACAACCCGCCCCCGGGGCCAGGGCAACACAGUCGCAGCCAGCCGACCAGGAACUGGGAAGUAACAGCCCUCCACAGAGGAACUGGAAGGGAAUUGCUAUUGCCCUGCUGGUGAUCUUGGUAGUAUGCUCACUCAUCACGAUGUCGGUCAUCCUGUUAACACCAGAUGAGCUAACAAAUUCUUCAGAAACGAGACUGUCACUAGAGGAACUUUUGGAGAAAGGUUUUGGACUUCAUAAUCCAGAAGCUCGGUGGAUUAAUGAUACAGACGUGGUAUAUAAAACUGACACCGGAAACGUCAUUAAACUGAAUACAGAAACAAAUGCUACCACAUUGUUAUUGGAAAAUACAACUUUUGUAACUUUUAAAGCUUCCAGACACUCAGUUUCCCCAGAUUUGAAGUACGUUCUUCUGGCGUAUGACGUCAAGCAGAUUUUUCAUUACUCAUUUAACGCUUCAUAUUUGAUUUACAACAUACACACUAGGGAAGUAUGGGAGUUGAAUCCCCCAGAAGUAGAGGACUCAGUGUUGCAGUAUGCGGCCUGGGGUGUGCAAGGACAGCAACUGAUUUAUAUUUUUGAAAACAAUAUCUACUAUCAACCUGAUAUCAAGAGCAGUUCUUUGCGACUGACAUCUUCAGGAAAAGAAGGAAUUGUUUUUAAUGGGAUUGCUGACUGGUUAUAUGAAGAGGAACUUCUGCAUUCUCACAUCGCCCACUGGUGGUCACCCGAUGGAGAGAGACUUGCCUUCCUGAUGAUAAAUGACUCCUUGGUGCCUAAUAUGGUUAUACCCCGGUUUACUGGAGCACUGUACCCCAAAGCAAGGCAGUACCCAUAUCCCAAGGCAGGUCAAGUGAACCCAACAGUGAAGUUAUAUGUUGUAAACCUGUAUGGACCCACUCAUACUUUGGAGCUGAUGCCACCCGACAUUUUUAAAUCAAGAGAAUAUUACAUCACCAUGGUUAAGUGGGUGAGCAACACGAGGACAGUGGUCAGGUGGUUGAAUCGGCCUCAGAACAUCUCCAUCCUCACGGUCUGUGAGUCCACUACCGGGGCAUGCAGUAGGAAAUAUGAGAUGACAUCCGACACCUGGCUCUCUAAACAGAACGAGGAACCUGUGUUUUCCAGAGAUGGAAGCAAGUUCUUCAUGACUGUUCCUGUCAAACAAGGCGGCAGAGGAGAAUUCCACCACAUAGCUAUGUUCCUGGUCCAGAGUAAAAGCGAGCAAAUCACGGUGCGGCAUCUGACCUCAGGAAACUGGGAAGUGAUAAGGAUCUUGGCCUAUGAUGAAACAACUAAAAAAAUUUACUUCCUGAGCACAGAGUCUUCCCCCCGAGGGAGGCAGCUGUACAGUGCUUCUACUGAGGGAUUGUUGAAUCGGGAUUGCAUCUCAUGUAACUUUAUGAAAGAAGAUUGCACAUAUUUUGAUGCCAGCUUCAGUCCCAUGAACCAACAUUUCUUGUUGUUCUGUGAAGGUCCAAGAGUCCCAGUGGUCAGCCUCCAUAGCACGGACAACCCAACAAAGUAUUUCAUCUUGGAAAGCAACUCUAUGAUGAAAGAAACUAUCCAGAAGAAGAAGCUCGCAAAGACAGAGAUUAGAAUACUUCACAUUGACGACUAUGAACUUCCUUUACAGUUGUCCUUUCCCAAAGAUUUUAUGGAGAAAAACCAGUAUGCUCUUCUCUUAAUAAUGGAUGAAGAACCAGGAGGCCAGAUGGUGACAGAUAAGUUCCACAUUGACUGGGAUUCAGUUCUUAUCGACACUGAUAAUGUCAUUGUAGCAAGAUUUGAUGGCAGAGGAAGUGGAUUUCAGGGCCUGAAAGUUUUGCAGGAGAUUCACAGAAGGAUAGGCUCUGUAGAAGCAAAGGACCAAGUAGCAGCUGUAAAAUAUUUACUGAAGCAGCCAUAUAUUGAUCCCAAAAGAUUAAGCAUUUUUGGAAAGGGGUAUGGGGGCUAUAUUGCAUCAAUGAUCUUAAAAUCAGAUGAAAAGCUUUUCAAAUGUGGAACAGUGGUUGCACCCAUCUCAGACAUGAAGUUGUAUGCCUCAGCUUUCUCUGAGCGGUACCUUGGUAUGCCAUCAAAGGAAGAAAGCGCUUACCAGGCAUCCAGUGUACUGCAUAACAUUCAUGGUCUAAAAGAAGAAAAUAUAUUAAUAAUUCACGGGACUGCUGAUACAAAGGUUCAUUUCCAACAUUCAGCAGAGUUGAUCAAGCAUCUGAUAAAAGCUGGGGUGAAUUACACUCUUCAGGUCUAUCCAGAUGAAGGAUAUCAUGUUUCUGACAAGAGCAAACAUCAUUUCUACAGCACAAUACUCAGAUUCUUCAGUGAAUGUCUAAAGGAAGUAGUGACUGUGCUGCCACAGGAACCAGAGGAAGAUGAAGAAUAAUGGACACUACUUAUACAGAGCUGAGGGAAUAUUGAGGCUCAAUGAAACCGAACCAAGAGACUGUCAUGUUGUAGAUGCUCCAGAAUUCCAAGGGCAGCUUGAGGAGAUGAAACUGGAACAGCACACUCAGACAGUGAACUAGAACUUGAAGACAGACGUCCUUGCUGCUGUGCUGCCAAGGGUGCAGAAGGUGUUUCAUUGUAAAGGGAAGUUCAAGGGUUGGUUUCCUGGGAAAAAAAAUUAGUUUCACAUUAAAGUAGGAAUAGUGCAUGUUUCCUUCCGUUUUCCCCUUUUGUUCUGUGACUAGUUACCCUCACUUUUGAUUUCAAUGGCCAUUAUCACCUUUGCAUAAAGUACAUAACGUACCAUCAGUACCACAGUCCCUGAUCUUUGAUGGCUGAGCUGCAAUCUAACGUGUCAAUGUAUCUUUAUAAUAAGUGCAAUUCUCUCAUUGUCUAUUAUUAUGCUUAAGAAAAUAUUCAGUUAAUAAACAAAAGCAGAGUAUUUUACAUAAAGUUCUGUUUUUAAAAAAGGCAUUAUUAAAUGAGUCAAGGCUAUGUAGAAAUGUGGAUUUCAGCACCUUCCAAAGUUCAGGCAGUUGUCAGUAGAUAGAAUACCUUUAUAUCCACACACGCGAGUGUAUGUCUCACGAUAUUAUACAUAUAUAUAAAUAUACAGGCACGUGUGCAUAUGCAGACGGUGAGUCUAUCUUAUAUGUUACUCAUGCUACAAAGGGUAAACUUUAAUGAAUUACAGUGGAUACUCUUUUACAGGCUACAAUGGACACUUCUUUAAUGAGCCAAAUAUGAUGAGACCCUUUUGUUUCCAGUUCAGAGUCUAGAAAUUGCUUUCCUAUAAAUGUUUGGGUUGUGUUUGGUAUUGUUUUUAGUGGUUAAUAGUUUUCUAGUUGCAGUUUACUUUUUUGAAUAUAUCUUGUCACAUGUAAAUUAGAUACUUAAAUAUUAAAUUAUAGUUUCUGAUAAAGAAAUUUUGUUAGACAAAUGCAAUGCCACUGAGUGGCAUUUUGCUCUCUUGGUGGAGAAAGCUUUUUUAAAAACUCAGACCUUUUACUUUCAACUCCCAGUGCAGUAAAGUCAAUUCUCAUUCUCAUUAUAAGAACAAAAAUCUGAAUUAUUUCAUUUUUUCAGAGUCUACUUAGCAUUCCAUGCCUGCUCAGUUCAUCUGUUGAUGUUUAAUUAAGCCCUUGUGGUAAGAAUUAGAAGCAAAAUCUUUUUGUAUUUUUUGCCCUUUCCCCCCAAAUUCACAAACAGCAGUAUAUGGUGUUUCAUUUAAAUGGAAGGCACAAAAGGUACCAAAUCCUCCAGUGUGUCAACUUGCAGCAGUCAGUAACUGAGAAUGAAAACUGAUCUUAUCUGUGAGGAGUUUCAGCCGUGAGAGGGCAGGCAGUGUAGUCAGGAAGCUGGAGUGCGUUCUCAGGCCACACUAGGCAUCUCUCAGAAGACGUUUCAAAGUCUGAAACCAAACUCUGAUGCCCAGAAAAAUCAAGGUAGUAUAAUGUGUUUUCACAGCUAAAAAUCUGUCCUUAGGGGAAACUGGGUUACAAUGUCCUCUGAAGGACAUUGUAGGAAGGAAAAUUUAAAAGUAAAUAAUUUGUCCAGCCACUCUCUGCUUCAUCACCUGAGCAGCCCAGGAGUCUGAGAAGUGGUCCUGGGACUGACUCUAAGGCUGGUUCUCCCUCUUUUCUCUUCAGUGCUUUGGAACUGUGUCUUCUCUGCUCCAUUAGAUUCAAUUUAAUAUGAGAAAGAUACCCCAUCCAGAAGACCCAUUUUAGGUUUUUUCAAAGAUAGUGAACACAUUUUUUUUUUUAAACAAAAUAGGUUGUGAUGUUUUCAAGAAAAGUUUUGCCUAUUUUAUUAAGAUGGGGGUUUCUUUUUAGGCUGAUCUGAAGUUCAACUGAAGCUUUUUAAUCAAUAUUUUGGAUUUCAACCACUAAAGAUUUUUAUGAUGCGAAUAAUUAAUUAUGUUGUCUGAAAGAUGUGGUUUUAUUGAAUGUCUAUUUGAGUAACAUUUUAAAAGUGUUUACCUUUUACUGUUUAUCAUUUUCUUGUUUAUGGUCAUUAUCAAUGUUUAUCUAUUUUUUGAUUAAUUUAAUACAGUUUGUAAUGUGAAAGUUGCUUGUCUGGAACCACUUUCACCUCACAGUACUGGUGGAUCUCACAUGAAAACAUGAUGUUUAAUAGGAAGAUGGAAACUUGUUCUCUCUGUGAUUUGCGGGGCUCUCAUGAGUGGGUUGUGCCACACAAAGGAAACACUCAGGAGCGUUUCCUUGUACUUUAUGUUCUGGGACUGUGGAACCAGAUAAGACCUGUUACACUUUUGUCUCAGUUGCAUUCCAGUGAUUUUUAUGCAUUUUUACAAAUUCUGAAGAGUUUCCUGAAACUUUAAAGGCAACCUUCCUACGUAGUGAUUUCCCUUAAUAUUCAAGUAAAUCCCCAGGAGAAACUAACAACUCUAUAGUGAGAACCAUCAAGAGUAUUAACUCAGAAACAAAUACAUAACCUUUUUUAAAGAUCUCUGAAAGCAAGUCCAUUUUCCCCACUUCCUCUAAGAGAACUAUUUAUUCAGCAAACAGAGAUCAAGGAGGAGUGUACUCAUGCUUGCUGUUGCUGUGAUGAAUCACCACAACCAAAAACAACUUAGGAAAGAAGUUUCGGCUUACCCUUCCACAUGGCAGGGAAGGUAUAGCUGCAGGAGUAUGGGGUCCUGGCUGGCUGUCCGGAAGCAGAAAGAGAGUAAGAAGUGGGAUCAGCCUACAAACCCUCAAAUCUGUUCCCAGUGGUGUACUUCCUCAAGCAAGGUCUCACCUCGUAAAGUUCCACAACCACAUUCUUUUCCCCCCAAACAGUGCUGCCAGCUGAGACCAAGUAAGCAUUCAAAUAUGUGAGCCAACAGGGAACAUUUCACAUUCAAAACACAACAAGGAGUCUGUGUUGCUCUGUUGUUCUCUAAAGUGUGAAAAGAUGGGAUACUGUUCAAAACGUGGUAUUCAAGUUCCUGUGUGAAUACUUCAGCUCAGCAUAGACACUCCUACUAAAGAUCAUGUUUAUAGGGUUACAAGAAUGAGGAGACUUAAGCAUUGGCUGAUUACCUUGUGGAGAAUUAGUCAAGCCAUCACCCUUCAGGUGAGACUUAGGCGUUGGUCUCUAACAGGUAGAGAAUCACUCGAGCCAUUUUCCACCAGAUAAUGGCUUUAAAAUUGGGGAUACACGACUAGAGAAAUGCUUCAGGGGUUAAGAGCACUUGCUCCUCCAGAUACAGUGUAAUACCAGCAUGUAAUGCCAGUUCCAGCUCACUUGACACUUUCUUCUUGCCUUUGCAAGAACCGCCAUGUACAUUGCCACCUAAGACAAAGCAAGUGAACACACACAUAAAAACAAAAAUAUUUUAAAUUAUCUAUAAAUGAGUUCCUGCCAUGUCUCUUGGGUCCUUAAGGCACAUGGCUUCUAUUUUAUGAUCAUGUAUGAGCUCUUCUCUGUCUCUCUCCUUGCCACUUGACAACCUUUGCCUCUUUGCAGCAACCAGCAUUUCCUAAGUGUGAACUGACCUUUUAGUUGUGAUGACUGACCUCUACAUUAUGGUUUGGGAAUUCUCCAGCAGAACUGAUGACUGCUAGAUUCUAUACUCAUCACUGGCACAGUACCAACCUACAUGCAGGUCUAACUCCCCGCUGAUACCCACUUACUAGAAGACAGCAGCAGGUAACUAUUGUCCCUCCUGCAUACAUGAUUUGCGGUCCUGGGUAGCCUUGCUGGGCCCCCAUUGCCCACAGCUGCACAUUUUUCUGCUUUCUCUGCCCCCCACACUCUUCUCAGCCUUCACUCUCAUGUAGGAGUGCUUUAAAAAAUUAACCACACAUGUACCAGCUGUUAAGACCUGCUUUUAGCAGGGAAACUUUGCAUUCCAUAACAGCUCAUUACUGUGCAUAUUAUGGGAGAGACAAAAAGACCUGGAGGGGACUGGAGCUCCACACAGAGAGCAACAGAAGCAAAAAAUCUGUGCACAGGGGUCUUUUCUGAGACUGAUAUUCCAACCAUGGACCAUGCAUGGAGAUAACCUAGAACCCCUGUCCAGAUGUAGCCCAUGGCAGCUCAGUCUCCAAGUGGGUGCCCUAGUAAGAGGAACAGGGCCUGACUUUGACAUGAACUCAGUGGCUGGCUCUUUGAUCACUUCCUGCUGAAGGGGGUACAGUCUUACCAGGCCACAGAGGAAGACAAUGAAGUCAGUCCUGAUGCGGCCUGAUAGGCUAGAGUCAGAUGGAAAGGGAGAGGACCUCCCUUAUCAGUGGACUGGGGGAGGAGUAUGGGAGGAGAGGAAGGGAGGUUGGUAGGAUAGGGAGGGAACAAGGAGGGGACUACAGCUGGGAUACAAAGUGAAUAAAUUGUAAUAAAUAAAUGUAAAAAAAGAAAUAAGAUA